GCCAUUUUUCUUCACUUCAUUCUUACACUACUACAUUCUAAUCCAUAUAUAUAUUAGUAGCUUAUACUUUAUUUUCCUUAAUUAGAUAAAAGGGAAAUAUAUAAUUAACUAAUCAAGCAUGAAGUGAUGAAUUGAGUAUUGGUGGUCUAAAGAUGAGGAGCAUGAAGAAGAGUCCUAAAGUGGCCGAUGAAAGCAAGUUGGAAGAAGAAAAUGGAGUUGAAUUUCCAACUAUGGGUCAACAUACAAGACCGGGGUUCUCGAGUGGUCUUUCUCUUAUUUACCGCGUAAUAAGAGCUCCCCUCUCAUCACUUGUAUCAUGCAUAUCAUUCGAUCGCCGUAUUAGUGGUGCUACUGAUAGAGUUUGGGUAUCUGGAGAGCCUUCACGGAUGUCCGAGGCUAAUCAUCUUAUGGUCAUUGAUAGUAUGCGCUAUGCUAUUUUGAUGUAAUUAUAGAGAGCUAGCUGUGUAAUAGCACUAGUGAUCGUCUAGACACAAGGGGUUAUUUCGAUCUUCAUGUGAUUGCCUCUAAUUAUUGCUAUUUUUUUUUUAAUUAAAUCUAUCUCAUCAUGUAAUAGACAGAAAUUCGGAUAUGAAUUGCCUUCGCUAUACAUUACAUUUUAUUGUUAUCCAA